AUGUCAAUGGUCUAUCAUUCAUUCAUCACAAUCACCUGCAUCUGGUCUUUCUGGGAGAGCUCAAUCCUGGCCAUCAGGCAUGCCAAAAGCAUAUUCGACGACCUCAAGGCUCAUAGAGGAUUGGUUUAUACUCCGGCAGAAGAAGCCCAGCAUUUCGCUCGUUUCGAGGAGGAGUUGAGGAUCCAGUCCGAACUCAUCUCGACUGAAGAUUUGGCGGUCCUCUACGAUGAGACCAGACCGGCCAUCAUGCAGAGCCUCGUUGACGAGAUCAAUUCCAAGCAGAACACAUGGACCGCGUCGACUGGGCAGAAAAGAUUCAAGAACCUCUCCCUGCGUGAUGCUAAAAUGCUAUGUGGAACACUGAUGAGAGGGUCAAACGACAAAGCCGUAAAAAAAGGCUAUGCUAUAGAGGAGCUGCAAGACCUCCCCACUGACUUCGACGCUCGCACCGCCUUUCCCAAUUGCUCAAAGGUUAUCGGCCAUAUCAGAGACCAGUCAGCUUGUGGGAGCUGUUGGGCAUUCGGUGUCACUGAGGCCUUUAAUGACCGCCUAUGUAUCAAGUCGAAUGGGGCGUUCACGGAGCUCCUAUCGGCCGGCGAGAUGAAUGCUUGUACGCUGUUCUUCGGAUGCGGUGGUGGAGAUCCUUACUCAGCCUGGUCUUGGGUGCACGAUAAAGGGAUCGCAACUGGUGAGGGGAGUCGACCGAAACGAGUCUCGGAAUCCGAGGCGAUACCUGUCAUUGCCUAUCAGGACAUAUACCCGACUCCCAACUGUGUCGAACAAUGCCGCAACCCGAAGUAUACGACCACUUUGAGAGAUGAUCGUCAUUUCAUGUUGGAAUCCUCUCCUUAUCACUACUCUGUGAACGAUGCUAAGAAUGCUAUCAGGACCGAUGGCCCAGUUUCGGCUUCUUUCACUGUUUACGAAGAUUUCCUAGCCUACAAGUCCGGUGUAUACAAGCAUACUUCUGGUUCAUAUCUCGGUGGACAUGCUGUGAAGAUAAUUGGUUGGGGUGAGAAGAGUGGACAAGCUUACUGGCUUGCCGUGAACUCCUGGAAUGAAGACUGGGGUGACAAAGGCCUUUUCAAGAUAGCCCUCGGAAACUGUGGAAUAGAUGAUGACCUGCUUGGUGGUACACCUAAGGUCUGA